AUGGAUCAAAACAUCUUCAUUGUAGAGGAAGGAAAGGAGGACAUUGUUGAUGUUGCUCCCAAUCCUAAUAUGCCUUCUGCACCCUUGGAAUCACCAUUGGAUCAAGUCAUGCCCAUGGAAACAGAUGACUUGUGGUGUCAAGGGAGAAUGUCUCGGCCUAAUGGCCAUGAUCUGGGGAUAACCCCAGAGCCUCCCUCGAUGUCUGAUGAAAGGGCUAAUCAGAGUUCAACAUCUUUCCCAUUGGAUGAUCGCUCAGUUAAGAAGCCCAGGCAUAGGGAGGAUGAAACACUACCGGAGAAACUGACGCAGGAGCCACAGGUGACACUGGAAAGUGUCCGUCCACCACCGCAGCCAGCUCCACUGCCGGGAAUCAAUGUGCCCCAUCCCAUGAAUUUCAGAGAGAAGUUCUUUGGGGGGAAACUCCUGGUGUUCUUUGAUUUGUUUGGGGAGGAGGAAGAGAUCCCCAACCUUGAUGAAGAUGUGAUUUUGAUCAGGAAGGGUCCGAUUCAGAAAGUGGUGGUCCAUGACAGGGUGGAGGAGCUGCUGACGAAGAGGUGGAAGAAUGUGGUCGUGGUGAAGCUGAUGGGGCAAACAAUCACACUUGCACAAUUGCAAUACCGCCUAGAACGGAUGUGGCAAAACAAGGAUGGGUUCAUGGUGGUUGACAUGGAUUGUGGGUUUUUCAAUGUGAGUUUUGUAAACUCAGCUGAUGUUAAGAUGGUGAUGACAAAGGGACCAUGGCUUAUCGAAAACUCGUACCUCCACACACAGAUUUGGACCAACACCUUUGACGCCAAAAUAGCCAAGGUGAGGUUCAUGUUAGUCUGGAUACAACUCGUUAUAGGUGUUGGUGUUGGGCCAAUGACUAUAACAUCAGCCAAGGUGAGAAUUGGACCAACUCGUACCUCCUCACAUUGGCCAAUGCACCACUAUAACAACUCGUUCUUAAGAAGGGUUGGGCAGCUCGACGGCAAAGUCAUUCAUAUUGACCAUCAAAUAGACGCGAAGACGAGGAAAAUUUGCAAGGCUGGUGGUGGAACUGGAUCUCACCAAGCCAUUACGUUCGAAGUUUGA